AGGACACUGGGGCCAUUCAGAGCUCAAUACAUUUGCGCCACAUCUGACAUGCACGGCGCUGGGUUGAGCCCGACCCGCAUCCUUCUCUCCUAAAGCUGGCGCGAUCGAGGCGCCACGGUUUCCACACACAUAGCCCGAGCGACCCCAGUCACACAGCGCGCAGCAACCAGACUCCGGAGUCCUAUAGCUUGUCACACAACACGGCCAGCAACAGCAGAAUUGCCGGUGGCAAAGCAACUACUAACCGGCCCGCACGAUUGUACAACGGCAUUCCUGUGUGUGAAGUGGACGGUGUGCUGACUCGGCGCCCAUGUUUGGAAAUAUCCCCCAUAUGAUUGUCCGUACGCCUCAGCAUGAAGCGUCAAAACGUUCGGACUCUGGUCCUCCUUGUUUCCACCUUCCUUUAUCUACUAGCAGGAGCAGCAGUCUUUGAUGUACUCGAGUCUCAAUAUGAGGAAUCUGAGAAAGUACGAUUGGACAAUAUUACCAAAACAAUCAAGGAACACUACAAUAUGACUACGAACGAUUUGGAGGAUUUACGACUAACCAUGAUUAAAUAUGUUCCUCAUAAAGCCGGCGUGCAGUGGAAAUUUACAGGAUCUUUCUACUUCUGCAUGACAGUCAUUACCACAAUAGGAUACGGUCACUCAGCGCCGCUGACGCCCGGGGGAAAAAUCUUCUGUAUUUUGUAUGCCUUAGUCGGGAUCCCGUUGAACCUCGUCAUGUUUCAGAGUGUGGGUGAGCGUCUCAACAUAUUCAUGGGCUUCUGCGUGAAGAACUUCAAACGCUGUGUGAGGUUUAAGAAAGCCGAGGUGUCGCACACCGAACUUGUGAUGCUAGGAGGAUUGUGCACGAUGCUAAUCACAGGAGGCGGCGCCCUCGCUUUUGUGAAGUUCGAGGGGUGGCACCUCUUAGAUUCGGUGUAUUUUGUGGCCAUCACACUAACAACUGUAGGCCUGGGAGACUUUGUGGCUCUUCAGCAGAAUAAUAUGCUACAAAGUAACCCUGAAUAUGCAGCAUUUGCUAUUAUUUAUAUUCUCGCAGCCUUAGUUGUUGUCGCCUCAGUAAUGAACUUGUUGGUGCUGCGCCUCCUCACACUCAACACCGAGGACGAAAGGCGUGAGGCACAGGCACAAGAAAUGACGUCACGUAGUAGUGGCUUAGACCUGAAUCACAUAGAUGGGCAUCUACCAUAUCAUCAUGCGCAUGCCGGAGGUGCAUUACUUGGUAAGAAAACAGACCCGAGGUCCAUGUGUACCUCAUGUUGCAAUGAUUGCAAGCACCCUCAUAGAACUCAUCACGAUCCGUACGGGAUUGGAGCUAAUGCAAUACAUCUCCAGCAUAUGGGACCUACCAUUUAUCAUGCCACCUACUCGGACGAUGAAACAUUCGAAAACUUCAUGACUUGUGAACGGUCUUCGAAACGCAAAUCGAUUUAGCGUGCUUGAAGAGCGUUUACCAACGGAUGUAUAAUAGAAAGAUUGUAAUACAGCACCAGUGACCUAUUCAAUAAAGGAAUUACUCAAAUAACAUCACUGAGUGGAAUUACGGAACGAUUCCCCAAAGGAGCAGGAAAGAAUUCACGGAGCCGAGUAUUUAACUGUGUAUUAAAACGAUUGGCUGACUGAAGAUAGAGCGUUAAACAAAAUGUAAACAAAGGUUUAAAGAUUGUUGGUUACAUGCCUUUCAAAUUGGACCUAGUGAAUAGAUGUUGAUAUACUGAAGCAUGGUUUAAAAACGUACAAACGUCCAAUACAGAGAGUGCUUUGAUAUAAAAUACCUUUUUAAAUUGCAGCCUGCUCAUCAUCAGCGAUAAUUUCUUUACGAGACGGUUGUAUAAUUCAGGUUAUGAAUCCCACCCGUAAGCGUUACCAGUAAUACGAACAAAGCAAAGCAGUAACUUUCAGCACGCUUGCAGGGAAACACGGUUAUAUUGGGGGGAAAUUCGGAAAGUUGGGUUGGCAUUUUUACGAUUUAUUAAAUAUGUGUAGAUAUGGUUUACCUUUAGUGUCCAGUAGGUUGCAAAGUAUCUCGAAUAGACAAUGUUUAUAGAUAAUUGGAGGAUCGGUUAUAUCACAUCUUGUUUGGUUCAACGAACUGUUUCUUAUUGACAGCAUAACAUGAGCUGUUUACUUCACCGAAUGUCUCUUAAUGAGUGGUUAGUGAAUGGAUGUGCGGGGACGAAAAUAGAGGUCUAUAAGUGUGGGCACUAGGUCACGCUCUAUUUAUACACGGACGUAGAUGAGAGAUGCGGAGAUGGAGACGAAACGACAGCACUCGUCCGCAGGAGCCAUUGCAUCAAGACGUGCGCGCGCCCCUUUUGUGCACUUGAACCAGCGCCAAUUCACACACGAUGGCCGGCCCUUACUGAAUUACCCCGACGGACGAGUCCCGAGGAUUUGUUGAUCAUCCCCGGGGAGAAAGCCUACCUUUUCCAAGGCUCUAGGUUUGAAUGCAAGAUAAUUCCCAUGGCAGAGCUCUUAAGCGAACAAUCAGACAAAUGCAUCAGAGUUGCCAGACCCUAAGGAUCCAUCUAUAUUGAAUGAAGCCGCUGCUUUUAUACAUAAAUAUAUACAGGUUUACAAUCAGUGUAUUUAUAGUAACUCCUUGUUGUUUCUUUUUUACGGGAUCGCUUGAGAACCACGUUUAGAUCGGACAUGCAAUCUAAAGGGUGUAUAUACCAGUUAUCAUAACACAUAUCCCAAACACCGACUACCGGUCAAAACACGUGCAGUAUCAUUACUAAUCGAUAUCCACAUGAUACAGGUUUUAAAAAUGGAUUAAACUCUCACAUACGCUUUGACUAUUUCAUAGGAACAUAGUAAAUAUCACAAAUCUGAACAGAUUUUAAGCGUUGUACCUAUUAACUAUUUUUAUGUAAUUUAUUUGUAUCUUCCACCGUAUAAAUAUAGUGUUUGGGAACAUUGUAAUCUAAUGCAAUGAAGACUUUGUAUUAUGUUAACUAGAUCGAACCAAUCCCAAUUUUGUGCUAAUAAUUUAAUUGUAUUGUGACUUCACAAUUUUUGCUUUGAUCGGGAUAAUUUUAAAAGGAAUUUUCGAGGUGACAUUGAGAACGAAACCAUUGUUCAUCGUGGAGCAAAAGGGAUGGGUUGGCCCAAAUGCUUUCUAUACUGCAGUGAUAAUUAUAGUUAUAAUUGGUUAAAGGGAAUAUACAACUUUUGCGCCUGCUGUAAUUUUCAGAAAUGGAUGGAUUUGUGGGUUAGUUUUUACAGCAAAUAUUGUUACGCUGACUUGU